AUGAAGUUCGCUGCGGUCAUCAGUGCUGCGUUGCUCGCUCAGCAGGGCCUGUCCCAUCCAGGACAAAGCCAUGCUGAGAUGCAGAAGGAGAUCCAGGAGCGUCGAGAGUAUUUGCGCACACACAAAAGGACUCUGGCCGACUGUGCAGAACAGCUCAAGGCUCGUGGCAACGAUGCCCUCCUGCAGGCUCGCCGUUCUGCUAAGCUUGACGCUAUGCGCAAGAAGCGUUCAAUCAGUACAGACAAGCCUCUGCUCAAGGCUCGCACUUUCGAGGAUGUCCUGAACACCGACCACCACUCCAACCUGACCGUCACUCCCGAGACUGCCACCCCGGAUAUUCUUUUCACUGGCAAUGCUAGCUGCACCCUUACUCCCGAGACGACUGAGGGCCCGUACUGGGUGGCAGGCGAGCUCGUCCGAGAGAACAUCGUCGAAGGCCAGGCCGGUAUACCACUAACACUCGACAUCCAGGUCGUCGACGUGAACACCUGCGAGGUGGUUCCUCAGGCCUACACCGAGAUUUGGCACUGCAAUUCCACAGGUGUAUACGGUGGUGUUGUUGCCGGCGGAAAUGGCAACCAGGAAGACCUUUCCAAUAUCAACAACACGGCGCUUCGUGGUAUCCAAUUGACUGACGAUGACGGAGUGGUUGCAUUCGAGACAUUGUUCCCCGGCCACUACACCGGCCGCGCCACGCACAUCCACGUCUUGACCCACGUCGGAGCGACCCUCAACGACAACAACACCGUCACCGGCGGUAACAUCACGCACGUUGGCCAAUUCUUCUUCGACCAGGCCCUCAUCACCGAGGCUGACAAAGAGGCGCCCUACAACACCAACACGAAGCCGCUCACAGCCAACGUGGAUGACUUCAUCUUCGCCGAGGAGGCUGCCAACGUUGACCCAGUCGUCGAGUACGUCUACCUCGGCGACACCGUCGCUGAGGGUCUGUUCGGCUGGAUUGCUUUCGGCAUCGACACCGCUGCUGCCCGUAACGUCACCCCUGCCGUGUACCUGACCGAGAACGGCGGCGUGAAGAACCCCAACGCUGGUGCUGGCGGACCCCCUGGAGGUGGACCUCCUCCUACCGGACCCCGUCCGACCAACUUUCCCACUGCUACUGCGUCGGCGUCGGCUGCGUAA